AUGUUUGGCGCUAAUCAUCGCGACUCAUUCCUCAUGCUGAAGUCAGCGUUCCUGCCUUCCCUUGCUCUCCCGGACUCGACGCGUUGGAGUGCUGUGCUUCGCGUGGAUUCGCGUGUUCCUCCGGCCUCCACUUUGCCCGCACUACCACGCGUGAGGUGGUCCCUCUUAAGCAACGGGGAAAACGCACAGCUUAAACUGGCCAUCUGUAUUUUGUCCACUGAGCUUUAA